CUUUCUUGCGAUAAUGUCAUCCACCUGGUUGUCUCAGGCCGAUUAUAGUUGUGACAUGGAUAAGGGCAGUGUGUGCAUCUAUCAUCCUGGAAGCUUUCACUGUGUGAGAUCCAUUCAAGCCAGUCCCACAUAUGGAUCAGGACAGCAGUGUUGCUACGACAAGACGGGGGCCCAGAUCCUGACCGGGGACUCGACAAGCGGCAGCAGCCCAGAUCGAGUGCACGAAAUGGGCUCCCAUCCCUACAGAGUUGCUACACGUGUCCCCGGGUUGUCUCACUGGCUCGCAGAUGUCCAAAGCUAUUUCUACUGUUGUCUCUGGUCUGAUCACUGUGACGUAUACUUUGCGCGCCGGUCCUCCAUGGACUGCCGGAGAUAUGAACCACCGAGAUCAGGUGUGGUUAUUGGGGACGGCAAUUUUGUGACAUUUGACAACCUGGAGUACACCUUUAACGGGAGGGGAGAGUAUGACCUGGUGACCUCCCCAGACAAAGAGCUCAGUGUUCAGGUCAGAACAGAGCAGGUGAAACUCAAGAGCGGGGCCUUGAGGGAGGCCACGCGGCUCAGCUCUGUGGCCAUGAGAGAGGGCUCCUCAGACGUGGUAGAGGUGCGUCUAGCCGGGGGCCAGAUGGGCAGCUUGCAGGUGCUACGGAACCAGAGGGCCAUGCCAUUCACCGAGCAGAGCAGGAUGGACCUUCACGGGGUGUUCAUGUCCUCGCCCUGUCCGGAGAACGUGACAGUGAUGUUCGCCUCGGGAGUGGGGCUGGAGGUUCGUGCCUACCAGGGUUUGAUGACUGUGACGGUGUUACUACCCACCGCUUACACCAACCACACCCAUGGACUGCUGGGCCAGAUGAACUCUGACCUCUCAGAUGACCUGCAAACCCGUCUGGGGCAGGUUCUCCCCUCAGCCAAUGCUACACCUGAGGGCAUCUUUAGCUUUGGAGCUAGCUGGGACAUUUUAAACGAGACCUUCCUUUUCACGUAUGACUCAAAGUAUCUGCUGGACACUCACACCCGCACGCCAGACAGCGGCUCCGGCCUCACCCCAGCCCUCUAUGUCCCUGAGGAUGCGGGCGGGCCCCUGGCGGAAGACACGCUCAGGGUCCUCCAGAUCCACCAGGCCCUCCAACAAACUCUGCAGCCAGUGGUGGCUUGUGGGUGGCUGCCAUCACCGAAGAACGGCACCAAGCAUGGGAAACUCUACAUCCAGGGGGGAAACCUGAGUUUCUCCUGUGACGAUGGCUACACGUUGACGGGUUCCCUCCAGCGCUCCUGCCUCCCCAACGGCUCCUGGUCCGGAGAGCAGGCCUAUUGCACGUGACGUCGGCCUUCUGAUUCCUGAGAUCCUUUGAGUGAGGACGCAGGUGAAGCUGUGAUUCAUAGGCGGACCCUUUUCUGAUAUGUCCAUGCUGCAUAGCAUUGUGUCCAUUUAAUAUUAAAGGACUCCUGACUUGAAACCAA